AUGUCGGGAUGUAGUAAGUUUUAAAUACGACUUUUAUUAUUUAAAAGUUUAAUUUAGAUUGUUCUUGAUCAUUAUUAACAAUAAUUUUUUUUUAAUUUUUUGUUUUCAGGAUACAUAGAUGAUAUUCACAUGGAAAUUAAUGCUCAAUUCUUGCCAGUGCCUGCCAUUCACUUAACGGAUUAUCAAAUUCCAGAUUUAACCAACUAUAAUGUAGGUUUAUAGCAUGUUAUUAAUAGUGUUUUAGUUUGAUUUUAGGAAAGCGAAAGAUGUUUUGUCUCCGGAAAAAGAACAACAAGUUGGAAGUGUUUCUGAUGUUGAAGUAAAGCCCAAGGUAGAGAUUCCUGCAUCAUCUCCGAUUCAGAUAGCUACUCCAAAUCCCUUGCCGUCAGAAAAGAAAGCAGAAUCAGCAAAUGUGAAGAGUGAAGAUUCGACCUCACGGAUACAUCAUUUGGAAGAGUUCGAGAACAAACACAACGUCUUCGAUCAGAUGGAACUCAUGACUAUCGACGAUAAAAUAGCUCUAGCUGAACUUUUAAGCUCGUCUCGAGUCACGUAA